GUUUCUAACCUAACAGAAAAAGAAGGUCAACUCUCCCUCCUCCAUUUUCAAAAUAUCAUCGUAUCAUAACUUCCUAUUUUCGUUCCAUUUUGCAAACAACGAUCUGCCUAAUCGACGAUCACCAAAUCGGAAUAAAGUCAGAUCCAUAUUGUAGGUCCUACAGUACAAGUGAAGUGGCAAAAGAUCUUCAGUUGUGUUUUGCUUUUCCAAUUCAUGUCAUUCUGAAAAAAAAACCCAAGCAUUUGUUGUUUUGAAUCAGUAGCGAUGGAGAGCUAUUUGAAUGAUAAUUUUGAGGUGAAGCCCAAGAACUCAUCGGAGGAAGCGUUGCAGAGAUGGAGGAAGCUGUGUUGGGUGGUGAAAAAUCGGAAACGGCGUUUUCGGUUCACUGCUAAUCUCUCCAAGCGAUUCGAAGCUCGCGCUAUUCAACGAUCUAAUCUGGAGAGUCUGAGAACCUUGAUGCUGGUUUCACAUGCGGCAAUUCAAUUUCUUAAUGGUAUAACUUACAGCAUACCUGAGGAAGUGAAAGCUGCAGGCUUUCAAAUUGGUCCUGAUGAAUUAGGAUCCAUAGUUGAAGGCCGUAGCGUGGAGAAGCUGAAAGCUCAUGAUGGGGUUGAGGGCAUUGUGAAAAAGAUCUCCACAUCGACCAAUAAUGGAAUUUCUACUUCUGAGGAUUUACUUAACCAAAGAAAAAAUAUAUAUGGAGUUAAUCAAUUCACUGAGAGCCCAUCCAAGGGUUUCUUCGUUUACGUAUGGGAAGCCCUCCAAGAUACAACCCUGAUGAUACUUGGUUUGUGUGCCUUUGUGUCUUUGAUUGUAGGCAUUACAAUGGAGGGGUGGCCAAAGGGUGCCCAUGAUGGUCUUGGGAUUGUUGCAAGCAUCCUGUUGGUGGUAUUUGUCACUGCCACAAGUGACUAUAGGCAAUCUUUACAGUUCAAAGAUUUGGAUAAAGAGAAAAAGAAAAUUACAAUUCAAGUUACUAGAAAUGACUGCAGACAGAAGAUCUCAAUAUAUGAGCUCCUUGUCGGUGAUAUUGUUCACCUUGCUGUUGGGGAUCAGGUCCCUGCUGAUGGACUUUUCGUUUCUGGUUUUUCCUUGUUGAUAAAUGAAUCAAGUUUAACAGGAGAGAGUGAUCCUAAAACUGUAACUGCUGAGAAUCCCUUUCUCUUAUCUGGAACAAAAGUUCAGAAUGGUUCAUGUAAGAUGGUUGUUACUACUGUUGGAAUGAGAACCCAAUGGGGCAAGUUGAUGGCAACUCUUAGUGAAGGUGGCGAUGAUGAGACGCCAUUGCAGGUUAAACUGAAUGGAGUAGCAACAAUUAUAGGGAAGAUAGGGCUGUUUUUUGCUGUUAUCACCUUUUCAGUUCUGGUGCAAGGACUGUUUGUACGCAAGAUGCAGGAAGGAUCCCACUGGACUUGGUCUGGAGAUGAUGCCCUGGAGAUGCUGGAAUACUUUGCUAUUGCAGUUACAAUUGUGGUGGUUGCAGUGCCUGAGGGACUACCUUUAGCUGUGACACUAAGCCUUGCAUUUGCCAUGAAGAAGAUGAUGAAUGAUCGAGCUCUUGUUCGUCAUUUGGCAGCUUGCGAAACCAUGGGAUCUGCCACAAAUAUUUGUAGCGACAAGACUGGCACCCUAACUACUAACCACAUGACACUUAUAAAAGCUUGGAUUUGUGGAGAAAUCAGGGAAGUGAAUGGCUCUACAGGGGUCUCAGCUUUCUGUUCUACAAUUCCUGACUCUACUGUUGGAAUGCUAGUUGAAUCUAUUUUUAACAAUACCGGGGGAGAGGUGGUGAAGACUGAGAAGAACACCACUGAAAUUCUUGGUACACCCACCGAGACUGCUCUUUUGGAAUUUGGUCUCAUGCUUAAAGGAAAACAAGUGGAGCUUCAAAAAUCAAAGCUGAUCAAAGUUGAGCCAUUUAAUUCUGAGAAGAAGCGUAUGGCAGUAGUUUUAGAGCUCCCUGGAGGGUCUUUUAGGACCCACUGUAAGGGUGCUUCUGAAAUAAUUUUAGGUGCAUGUGAUAAGGUCCUGAACUCGAAUGGUGAGGUUGCUCCUCUUGGUGUAGAAUUAAACAAUCAUCUAAAAGAUACCAUUGAACUAUUAGCCAAUGAAGCUCUUCGAACUCUUUGCCUUUGCUACAAGGAAUUGGGAAAUGAAUUCCAUGCCAAAGAUCCAAUUCCCUUUGAGGGCUAUACUUUAAUCGGGAUUGUGGGUAUCAAGGAUCCUGUCCGUCCUGGUGUAAAGGAAUCUGUUGCAAUUUGUCGAUCCGCUGGCAUUACUGUGCGUAUGGUUACAGGUGACAACAUACAUACUGCCAAGGCAAUUGCUAGAGAAUGCGGGAUAUUAACGGAUGACGGAAUAGCCAUUGAAGGUCCCGACUUCCGUGUAAAGACUGAGGAGGAGUUGCAUGAAAUUAUUCCUAAAAUUCAGGUGAUGGCUAGAUCUUCUCCAAUGGAUAAGCAUACACUUGUGAAACAGCUGAGAACUACAUUUCAGGAGGUUGUUGCUGUAACAGGAGAUGGUACAAAUGAUGCUCCAGCACUUCAUGAAGCAGAUAUUGGGCUUGCUAUGGGAAUAGCAGGGACAGAGGUGGCCAAAGAGAGUGCUGAUGUGAUCAUUCUAGACGAUAAUUUCUCUACAAUUGUGACUGUGGCCAAGUGGGGUCGCUCAGUUUAUGUGAACAUUCAGAAAUUUGUUCAGUUUCAGCUUACUGUGAAUGUUGUUGCUCUAAUUGUCAACUUUUCUUCUGCAUGUCUAACAGGAAGUGCUCCUCUUACUGCUGUACAGCUACUGUGGGUUAACAUGAUAAUGGAUACACUGGGGGCACUUGCAUUAGCAACUGAACCUCCUACUGAUGAAUUAAUGAAGCGAACUCCGGUUGGAAGGAAAGGCAACUUUAUUACAAAUGUUAUGUGGAGGAAUAUCACGGGACAGUCAUUAUAUCAGUUUGUCGUAAUAUGGUAUCUUCAGACAAGAGGAAAGGCAGCCUUUUACCUUGACAACUCGGAUGCUGAUUUGGUUCUCAACACACUUAUCUUCAACACGUUUGUCUUCUGUCAGGUGUUCAAUGAGAUCAGCUCGAGAGAAAUGGAGAAGAUAGACGUGUUUAAAGGAAUACUGAAAAACUACGUGUUUCUGGCUGUUCUAACCUGCACGGUCAUAUUCCAAAUCAUCAUCAUUGAAUUCCUGGGUACUUUUGCAAACACUAGUCCGCUGAGCCUUCCCCAGUGGUUUGCAAGUGUGACGAUUGGUUUUAUAAGCAUGCCCAUCGCUGCUGCCGUGAAGAUGAUCCCUGUCGGAUCCCAAUAGAAACCAAAAAUGUAUCUCUCCCUUAUUAUGUUGUGUCAAAUUAAGAUACAAUUAUUAAGAAACCAAAUUUUGUAAACAUUAAAUUAAUUAUCCUAGUAAAGGUUUGGUUGAUAGCUAAACUAAAAUUAGGAUGCCCAUUUAAUUCAUGAGUUUGUAAGUUUUGUAAUUUGAACUAUAAUUCAAUGCUGCAUUUAUUUUGUUUC